CUCAACAAUUGAUCUUUCAUUGUUUGGCUCUGCUAUUGUCAAGAGUGCGAUUUUCAAGUUAUUUAAAGAUGUUAUUUGAUUCUUUUAAUUAUCAUCCCUUGCCUGAACCUUUCGAGGCAAAAUCUGAUGGACGUGCGGGAUUUGUAAGUCCAAAAAAUUUGGAUCAUUUUAAAUAUCGGGGCAAGAAAAAAGGCCUAUUGAAGCAGGAUAAACCCGCAAAUAUUCAAUUUGGAACGUCAAUCUUGAAAAACCACAUUAAUCCUGCGUGUAAACAAGCAAUAGAAAAGAUUCGGCCGUUAUACGAAAUUUCGUGCGAUCGCUUUAACAGUCAGCGAUUGGUUGAAGAUCAGGACGAUUAUGAUAUGAGUGAUGAUAUUAUGGGUCGUCCAAGGAACAUCAGAAAGAAUGAAGGCGUCAGCAAGCACGAAGGAUACAUGGAAAAUUCGAACACCAUUGGAUAUAAUGUUGGGUGUGCUGAUAAUAAAAGAAAAACAUUAGAUAAAGCCGGAUCUUUUUUCAAGGCCGUAUGGAAGCCAGUAAAGAGGACAUUUUACAACAAAGAAAUGAAUGCUCUACACGAAAAUGAACCACCAAUAUAG